UCGGAUGAUAAGGACCUCUUUUCCAUUCAGAUUUUUUUUUCUAACGGAAUAUAUUUUAUUUUUGACUUUUUAAUGUCAAAAUCUUUUUUUUCUUCAUCUUGUACCAUGUAAAUAUGUACAGGUUUUGAAAAGACAGGAAAAACAGGAAUCAAAAGUAAUCUAGGGAUACUUCUUAUUCCUUGCGUGAUGUAUUAGUCAUAAAACCACAAACAAUUUUUUUUUGUUUCUGCUAUUAUUUCUAACUUUGCUUUCAGAAUAUUUUUUGCAGGAAAGUCCCUUUCAGACUACAAUUUACUAACAAUGAGUGUCUGAAAUCAGACUAAGGGCUUGUACUGCUUUCACUUCUUCUGUGCUACAUUUUUAUGUUAUUUCAGCCUCUUCUUGGUAUAUAAGCUUUCAAAAAAGUGUUUUCUGUGCAAAUACUUUCAGGAACCAACAUUAUUUGACUUUUGGCACCAGCUCACUGCUCUGUCUUUCUUUGAUUUACAUGAAUGUUUGAGGAAAUAUUUUCUUUCACUGGAACUUUAAAGCCGAAAAGGAAUCAUACUGACAUCUCGGUAAGGAAAUCAAAUAUGCUGCAAUAUUCAACAACAGAUGUGUAUGCUAUAAAGUGAACAAACAGAAAUACUAAGUGACCUCAAAAAUAAAAAUAUACUUCACUUUUUCCUAUGGCUUUUACUUUUGAGGAUGUAUUUUCAUGCCUUACAGAAAACUGAAGUGUUUCUUGGAUUCCAGGAUUUUUUGUUCUAAGUUAAACUAAUGGUUCUUUUGUCUGGAACAAGGAAUACAGGAGGGGAGUCAAGAGGAAAUAAAGUAAUCGCAGUAGUUCACACCAGUCAAAAUGUAAGCAAUAGCACCUGUCUAGUAGAGGAUGCAGAUGAACAAGAAGUGGAAGAAUUUACUCCUGGUGAUGAAGAUGCUGCCUGGCUGGGAACCACGGACCCUCUCCCACAGCUUCUUGCUGUUGUGCCUAGCAUGGAAAAUCGCAUUAAUCGAUCAAAUCAAGAUGAAGAAUGUGAAGAAUAUGAUGAUUUCUCUGAUUUGCCAGACACCAGAAGCAUUGCUUCAGAUGACUCGUUUUACCCACCAGGUGCUGAAACCCGGCGCAGCUGGAUGCAUGUACAGGAAAGUGACGAUGAUGAUGAUGAAUGCCAAGGUUUUGAUGCAGAAAGUUUCAGAAGUUGGGAGACCAUUGAAAGCCCUGAGCCCCUCACACUUUUCAGGGCAUGCAGUACCAAUAAUGCUAUUGCACUAAAAGCCCUUAUGCACCAAGGCUUAGCUGAAGAGGAAGUAUGUGAGAUGGAUAGAAACAAUAGGACUGGCCUUCUGGUUGCAUGCUAUCAUGGCUAUGUGGAUAUUAUAAUAGCCUUAUCCCAGUGCCCUCAUGUUGAUGUGAACUGGCAGGAUAAUGAUGGAAACACAGCUCUAAUAACAGCCGCACAAGCAGGACAUAUAACCAUAACCAACUAUUUGCUGAAUUAUUAUUCUAAUUUGGACCUGGAAAGAAGAAAUAUCCAUGGGUUUACAGCGUUAAUGAAGGCAUCUAUGCAAGGAAGAACUGAAUGUGUUCGAGCCCUGAUGUUAGCAGGGGCAGAUAUACAAGCAGUAGAUCCAAAUAAAGGUUAUACAGCUCAGGAAUGGGCAAGAUACACUGGAAGAUAUGAUACAGCAUACCUUAUGCAGAAAUUGUUGGACAGACCUACCGCUGAACAAUUCAGUGAACAAUUUCUAAUGGAAUGGCCUAAAAUGAAAGAGCUUCUUGCCAAAGCUUCAGAACCUAAGACAUGUUCUCAACGAAUAUCUGAUUGUAUGAAGUCAGUUUUUACAUUUAAUUAUUAUAAAGACCCUGAGGAAGAUGGGGUCAUUGAUCAUAUGGUUAAAGUGACCACAGGACUAAAUAGUCCAUUUGUUGCUGUUGCCUGCAGAACUGUAUGCCCUAGAAGCCCUCCACGUGUAGGGAAACGGAGAUACUCUGUGUCUGAAAUUCUCAGGAAACAGAGAUCUGAAGAGGUGAAAGCAUUGGAUAAAGACCACACAAAAAGCCAUGAAAAACUUUUUCAAAACUCACGGGUCACUAUGGUUCCAAAGAAUAAAGACAGGAGAUCCAGUCUUCAGAUUUCUGUUUCUCAAAGGAGUAAUACAGUAGACACAAGGAGAACAAGUCUAUUGCCUUUGCAUCUUCUAAGAAGAAGCAGUGUAAGACCAGGCUGUGUAAUCCCUAAAGUUCGCAUAAGUAAAGCCCCCACUCCCACAUAUUACCCAGAAAAUAUAAAGAGGCGUAACAGCGUUAAAGACAACACCUAUUUACAGCCUCCAAAAUGGAGAUACAAAGAAAUAAAGGAGCAAAGAAAGAAGGCUGAAGAAGAAGAACAGCGAAGAGCUGAAGAAGCUGCAAAGCAAAAGCAGCAGAAAAGAUCUUCUGUUAAAAAAUAAAGCAUAACUUAACUUUUUCUUGUUAUCAAAAAGAAAGGGUUUAGUUUCACAAUACAUCUACUACAUUUAUACAUUUGUGAAUCAAGGAAAACAAAUUAAUUAGCAAUACCGGGGGUGGUAAAAAAAAAGUGCUUCUGCUAUUGCAGACACUUUCCAGUUACUAAAAAAAUCCCAUGCAUUCUUCCCAGGGUAUUCUUAUUCUAGAAUUGAAUUUCUCACAAGAGAGUGACAACUUACCAAUGCAUUUUGUUCCAGCCUCUUAUUGCAUUGAAUGUAUUUAUAACUCCAUGAGUUCUGAUACUAGGUAUUCUGCAGAAGAAUCAUACACAUCUAAAAAUUCCCCUAAUCUUACAUCUGUUGUGUUACCAAUACAAGCAGGUCCAGUGGAUCACAAAAUUACCAGACCUGUGAGCAAUUGGUGAAGACUAUGUUGAAAAAAAUUGCAGAGACCAAAUCUCAGUGGAUAAGUGGAACAAGUGUGUGUGACUGCCGAUCACCACGUCAAUGUUUACUGAGUCCUGCCCGGUUUUCCUCAUUAGGGCAACCGGACAGGUGGUUUUGACCCAGGCAGCACUUCCGUAAAACGGGCUGUCCGGGUCAAAAUUGGACAGGUGGCAACCCUAAUUGACACCCCCUGCCUUGUUUUCUAUAUAAAUUUCUGUUGUAAAGUAUUUCAAUAAGCACUUGGGUUAGUAGGUAAAUGCAGACGUGCAGAGCCACUAAUUAAUGUGAUGUGCCUAAAAUAAGUGAAAUAUAUUACCUAAACUUUGGAAAACAUCUGCCAGGCAAAAUAUAACAGGUCUUCAUUCUGCUGUACAGUGACACAAGCCUGUUGCAUACUUUACUUCAAUACCAUAUUAUAUGUGCUACCAACAUAUUACAAAAUGAUCUCUUGAGUACCAAAGACCAAUUAAACAUAAAGAUAUGCUGCUAGUUAAAGCAAGUCAAUAUAUGUUUAAUUUUAAAUCAGAGCAUAAAUUAAUUAGCUACUCUAUUUAAAUAUGUGCAAUUGCAAACUGCAAUUAAACUGGCCUCUGAAAAAUAUUAAUAUACUUGUACUACAUAGAUGUUGUACAUUGUAUGGUUGUAACCAUCCAUAAACUAAGAAAGAUUUUUUAUGAAGGCUCCAUUCAUUAUGCACAUAUUGCAUUCUUAGUUCUAUCAGUGUAUUCUUGUUCAGCCUAGAUGGCUGAAAUAUUUUAUACCUCACUUUUUGAAUUUGGAAACAUUUUACAAGGUCACGAUUUUUGACAAGAUGUGUUUAGAGAUAAUACAAUAUUUAUUGUGUGUUUUUGUAUCCUUGAGAAGUUGUUGUCUUGUUUAGCACUAUUACUAGAUGUUUACAUCAAAUGCUGCUGAUUAAAUGUUUUCAAAAUAUGUUUUAAGGGGUUACAUGAUACCUAGUAUGCCAUUAUUUUCCUUUUUGCAUAAAAAAAAAAUUAAAUCAGUUAUAUAGACAUCUUUAGUGUUAUUUCAUUGAACUUCCUGUUUAAAUGUAAUGGUUAAGAAGCUUUAUCUCCAGGCACCAAUCAGGUGUGAGAAUCCCAACAGGGAAACCUGGACAAGGAUGUUAGUUGGGCCAUGCUGACUAUUUUUAAGAUUGCAACAAGUGCAGAUUUUUGUUCCAGAUAUUAGUAGUUUACUUUCGUAAAGGAAUAUCCUCUACAAACUUUUAAAGAGAGAGAGGUAGGUACUAACUGCCCUCCAAUUUGAUGACCUUUGAUCAUGUAUAUGUAUGUAUGUUUUAUUGUUUCCUGUUUAAAUAGAAUAUAUUUGUUCUGUUCCUUUUUUAGCCGCCUGGCACUUUGGGCUAAUAAGCUACAGAAACACUUUCUGGAGUACAUGCAAGGAAACCAAAAGAAAUAUGUCAUUAGAAUUGUUGGGUGUUAAAGGAGAGCUAUAUAUAACAUACAACACAGUGCUCCUGUAUGACAAAACAUUUUUUUAAAUUCAUAUACCUGUGUACUCAUUGUUAUCUGCUUGUUUUUGCACCUCCCAGUGCAAUGUUCUUUAAGGUUACCAUAGAUAAGCUGAUAAAAGCUGCUAAUGGAUAGAGUCAGCAACUUAUUGGCCAAUGUAUGAGGCCCCUUAGAUGAGUCUGCCCAACCAAUAUCCAGAAGUCAGUCAGAUGAGGAUUGAGCAAGUUUAAAAAUCCCAUUAGACAAGGAGGGCAUCAUCUCGUUAAUGCAGUCCUCGCCCCAAUGAACUGCAACCCAUCACAAGAACCCAUUACAGCAUAAUUACAUUACAGCAUAAUUGUACUUUUUUAUGGCAGAUUACAAAACAAUUACAUAAACAACGGAUUUAAAUUUACCUUUCAUGUAAAUAAGUGGGUACGUCUACCCCACCCAAAGAGCAUAAUUUGUUUUGUAUAUAUCUCCUCCUUUCACCAGCAUUGUUACAUUUUUCUAAAACAAUAACAUCUGCAAAUAGCACAUGUGCACAAGACCCCUUAUUCAGUGUAAAGUUCAUGGAAUCAAGAAUACAAGCUUACACAGGCAGAAUUACUUUGAAAAAAAGUCCUGCUUGGAUUGAGCACUGUAAUGCUUAAAGGGCACCUGUCAGUGGGAAAUUGUUUACCUCACUGCAUGCAACACGAUACAUAGUGCUCCAUUAUGUGCAUGCAUGUGAAAACUCCCAGCUCAACAGGGCUAACAGCUGCAUUAAUAUGCAGAAUAAUCCUCCAAUGAGAAUUCCAAGUGAUCUGUAUAAAUCUGGUUCU